GUGCAGAUGAUACCAGGCGAUUGUUUCGGUGAUGACUCUGACACGAGGUGGAUGGCUUGAUCAGAUGUGAGGAGUUCGGUGUGCAGGAGCGGCGAUAUAUUGAAGGGUAACGGCACUGGUUGAUCUUCGGCUACAUAGCAUUGGAAUGUCGUUUCAUUGGCAUAGGUGUCACUUCCUUCUCUGGACAAGAAAUCAGCAGUUUGAUUUCGUUUACCUGGCAGGCAAGUCGGGUAAACCUGAGAUUUCGGCCGUUGAAGAGGAAGGACAGGUAAUCCCGAGACUCUUCUGCCACUUGUACCUGCCAGUAUCCGGCGCUGAGGUCGACGGUGGAGUAUAUGGUCCUGCCAUGGAACGUCUGCAACACCUGAUCGAUCUGGGCGGGAGCUUCACGGUCGUCGUCGAGAAUCAUGUUCAGCUGGCGGGUGUCGAGACAGAGUCGGGUGGAGCCGUCCUUCUUCGAAACGCAGGCAAUACCAGGAAGGAGUAUGGGAAGCACUUUCCUUCGACUUGGAUCUCCAGGAGGCAUUGUUUAGAUAUUCGGAGGCGACGUCCUGGUGUGACACCUGAUAGGAGGGUGUCCGUAUCCGUGCGGGAGCGGGCGUACAUCUAACGGUCAUCUGCUGUUUUUCAUCCGAGCAACGGUGCGAGAAUGGGAGUUCCUGUUU